AUGGGUCCGAAACGUAACCCCACCAACGCCUCAACCCUCUAUGAACAAUCAUCAAGUUCAACUUCAGAAAGAGAUGCCGAAGCACCUCAUACACCAACUGAAGAGGAAAUUCAGGCAGUUGAACAUGAACGAGAACGCUUAGAGAAAUACAAAAAACUCCUUGAUCUACAACAACAAAUCAACACCCUUCGCGCAGAAAUCCAAGCAUCUGAGAGUAAACAGCGUGAAACAGAGCCAACUGAUCACACUAUUAGCGCUAACCUUGCCUUCUGCGGACAUUCAGCCUCGCUUUCUACGCCUACCAAAACCAAUACUUUGAGAACAAUGAUGAACGCAAAAUCCUUGAAGCAGCCACGCAUUUCAAUGCCAAACUUCAACAAAAUUGGCAACAAUAACUACACCAACCUGAAGACGCCUAUUACCUGGAAUGAAUUCUAUAACUGGAUUCAUGCUAACAUUAUCAAUCCUGACAACGGACACCUGGACUACGAGUUGAAAUAUCAAGAACUAAAGCAAUCUGAGGGUCAAACUCUACAUGGCUUUGUAUCUACUCUUCAGUCGGUUGAAGGGUAUCUCCGCGAGAAGUAUAGUGAUUAUCAUCGAAAGAUACAUCUAUUUAAUAAGAUCCUACCCUCUCUUCGUGCAGAGUUUGAGAGAUAUGCAGUCAAGCUGAACGACCUCUCCUAUGACGCUUUCAUCACGAAACUGGGCAUUGUGGAAAGCAACAUCCUGAAAACUACCAUAUCAUCAAGCGCAACUAUGCAAAAAAAGAGUGCUAGUCGCGGAAACAAUUCACGUGGUGUCGCGCCAACAGCACCUCAAAAUAACAGCCGAAAACGCAAAGAGCGCUCCGACACCUGGUGUGAUGUCCAUCAGAGCACCACACACUCCAAUGCAGACUGCAAGGCCCAGAAGAACAAGUCCUUCAGGAACAACUCCUCAACCUCAAAGUUUCCUCCUAAACCCUCUUUCAAACCAAACCCUAAGGAGAUAAAAAAAAGGAAUAAGAAACGAGUUUUAUUGGUGAAUUCUGGGCCAAAUCACGUGAUUUACAACCUUCAGAGCGCCCUCCACUCACAAUUGAAUGAUUUCGACGGCCACCAAACGCGCUCAUUUGGAACUAUCAAACUGGCAGGAGAAGUCUCGGAUAACAAAGGAUCUACUGUCAGAGAAUCUCAUUCAUUUCAUAUUGUUAAACUUUCAGACUAUGACAUGAUAUUAGAAUUUCCCUGGCUCAAACAACUCAACCCCCUUAUUGAUUGGAAGGAUGGAGAAUUCUAUUUACAUAAAAAAUUAAGCAAUCAAAAGAUAAACCUGUCAGCGGCAGAUGCUGCUAAUGAAUUACUCACUGGCGUUUCUGGCUACGUACUUACAAUAGUACCCUCCUCGACUUCACCGGCUUCCGGUCCUUUUGCCGGAACCUCCGGGCUUCAUGCUGGAGGUCCUCAAGUCUCCGUACCAGCCUCCGGGCGUGCCCCCGAAGCUUCCACGCUAUUAGGGUACAGCCCAUCCCCCGGAUCCUUUGAAACCUCAACUGCUGAUGAUAAUCUGGUGAUCCGCCUGGCACUUAGCAAGUCGGAGCUUGCUAGGGAACAAGAGAAACGAAGAGCUCUAGAACUAGAGAUUCAACUAGAACCCCUUCGCGCAGCGGCCCGUACUGCCGCUGCUGCCAAUCCCCCAAUGGCCCCACCAGUUAGGGCCUGGAAUGUUGAAUUUGGUGCUGCAUUUGAACAUGUCCUUUUCGACCUGGAUAGUGAUGUCGGCAGGGCAAUUGCUCAAUUCAAAAGGGACACAAAGAGCAUUAAUAAACCAAAUAUGCUAUCUGGCACUGCCAACUACUUGACCUGGAAGUCCUCAAUAAAGUCUAGACUAACACUCGAAGCCUUUCCAUCUGAGGACUUGAUAUUUCAUAUCUUUUACUCAGCCCUACCCACCACUUGGCGGAACUAUGUUCAGAAGAAGAUUGAGAAGGUUCAGACCUCUAAAUCUACAGCUGUAAUACUGGAUGUGAUUCCAAUCAUGGAAGAAAUUCGAUCUCGAGUUGGCCCUUCAAAGAAUAAGAAAAAGGAUGCACCUCCUUCUACUCAGGUCAAUGCUGCCAAUCCGUCCCAUUCCAACGCCCGGCCUGGUGCCUACCAUGGCCGUGAUCACGGGGACCGACCUACUUGUCCUGAAUGCAAAACCUCUCAUCAUGGAAUCUGCUGGCUAGCCCACCCGGACAAAGCCCUGAGGAGUGACAGAAGAAUAACGCCAAUAGCAUAA